CUGCUAGGCGAAUGCUGAAUGGACCACGGCAGACCUAACGCUACCACGAAGAAUGAUGUGGUUGUUUCUUGGCGGCCUUCGUCUGAGUUUCCUGGGAAUGUUUACAAGGGUGAGGGCAUUGUCAGCGGCAGUCCUGAGAAAGUAUGGGAAUGUCUGAAACCAGUUCCCAAUGGGCUCCGAGUCAAGUGGGACAGUAAUGUCAAAAGGUUUGAGCUUCUUGAACAGAUCAUGGAGGAUAUAUCCAUCUGCCGAACAGUCACACCCUCAGCAGCUAUGGGUAUCAUAGCGCCACGAGACUUUGUUGACGUCAUUUUAGUUAAGCAAUAUGAAGAUGGCAGCAUUUCCUCUAAUGCGACAAAUGUGAGUCAUCCCCGUUGUCCUCCCCAGCCUGGCUAUGUGAGAGGAUUCAACCAUGCAUGUGGCUGCAUUUGUAUUCCAGUCUCGGGGGAACCCAGCAAAACUCAGGUGUUGACUUUCUUCCAGACAGAUCUGGGUGGCCUCCUUCCACGCUCUGUGGUCGACUCAUUCUUCCCUUCCAGCAUGGCUGAGUUCUAUAGCCACCUGACCAAGGCAGUUAAAUCCCUCAAGGACCAUUGAGACAAAGAGUAACAAAGGCUGGUUCUGUUGGGCCUACUCAUCAUGCCACAUGUUCUAUUUCAAAGAAUGCAACAGAAAAUAUUAGAUAGUGAUGCAAAAUAUCUAAUUCUAGUCAAUCCACUAGAUGUUGGUUAGAGUAUGAAUUCUUGCAGGAGGGAUCCUGUAAAUGUUUAACAGCUAACACUCAUGUCUAGAAUGAGAAAAAAGGUCAUGCAUAUCAGAAAGCCUUUAACUUUACUUACUACAUUUCCAACAGUUGAGUUUAUUUGCCCUUUCCAAAGACUGAAGAUGCAUUCAAAGUGAUUUCUUUUUAAAUAUAUGCAGUGAUAUAUAAACAUAGCAUACUUCCUGUAGCUAAAUAUUAAAGCUCAAGAUGUUUUUACCAUCUGUUAGCAUACCUCUAAGUAUGCAGGUAAAAGUAUGCAGACCUCAUUAACCUUUUGCCCUAUAUUAGUAUUAGAGGUGGCAUGUGAGUGCCUUUUUUAAACAAGAGACUUGUCCUCUUUUUAUCCUAAUGCACUUUGAAUAGAAAAUUAAAUUUGACUUUAUUUUGAAGUUCAAUGAAUCCCUUACACAGCUAGUUGUCUUCUAUAGAUCAUAGAUCUAUAGACUGUUUUUUGUCCAUAGAUCUGAGUUUUAUAUUUAAAAUUGUUUUAUUCAUUGCCUUCCCCUUAGAGACAAUGUUGAUGUCUUUAAUUAUCUGGCCUCCAAAGCAUCAUAUAUGUGUCAAAACAGACUUUUUCCUAAUUGUAGGUACUGUAUAUGCUACAAGCAUUUAUUUAGUUAAUUUUUUUUCCUACUGUCUGGGACUUGGGAAAUUGCUGUGCUGAUGCAUGUUUUGUUGUUAAUUCUAUUUUUUUAAUUGUAAACUGGGAUAUAUGCAUGGAAUUUAGUGUACAACCAUUUUUCUUUAAUAAUUAUUUUUGAUAGCUCAGGACUACUGAGCUAAUUUUCCUAUUUUUUUCUUGCUGCUGAGAGAUGAGCUCACAUAAACCCAGGCUGAGGGUUUAAAAUCAUGGCUUGUUGAGAUUCUUUAACACAAAAAUAUAGAGGAUAUGAAAAAUUCAAUCAAACAUUUAAAUAUUAUUGGAAUUAUGGGAGAGAGAGACAAACAAGUGGUGUACAUUUUUCAGCUGUCUUAUUAAAUAUAAAUGACUAAUGUAAACAUUUAAUUAGGAAGAUUUCCACUGUGGCUGACUAUUUUAACCAUCCAGUGUUGUAAUUUUCCAUUCCAGUGUUUAUAGUGCUUACAUGUGCAUGUCCAGACAUUUUCCAGUCUGUGGCCUGUCUGUGUGCCUGGCCCCACCAGAUGUUGCUGUGGAGCUCUAUGUUCACAAUAAUCAAUGAGACAGGAUAAUUCUUUACAGAGUAAUAUUGUAAAAAAUAAAGAUUCCGUUACCAAUAAAAUGCUGUUAUAAACA